AUGGCAAGAAAACAACAGUCAUUGCUGAGGUAACCGGAGUGAGAGGAAGCAGAACUCAGAGCUCCACCAGAUAACCUGUUUAUGGAGCAUUCAUCCUGAUUUGCUUGCACAAAGCUUACAUGGUGGUUAGAAUAUGGUCUGUCUUUAUUGGGCAUGUGUUUUGAGUUGUUUACAAUGCAGUUAUAUGACAAUGGACAUUUGCCUGCAUCCAUUCUGUUUCGCUUGUGAGGUGUUCACAUGUCUUCCCAGUAAUAUUUACCUCACAUUUUUCAGUCCAUGACACCGACACUUCCCAAAAUGCAAAAAGUCUGUUUUCGGUUUUUUUAUUAGAGUAAAUUUGUUCCUCUAGAGCAGGGGUGGCCAACUCCCAAGAGACGUCGGUCUACUCACAGAGUUAAAAACUGGCAGUGAUCUACCCCUGUUUUUUGGGGUUCAGGUCAAAGUUGUUGAGCUUUUCCUAGGGAAGAGGAAGGGCCGUUCUUUAGGGGUUCAGUUCAAAGUUGUUGAGCUUCUUUUUAUGGGCUGCAGGGCUAAAAUGUCUAGGGGAGCCAAAUUCCAUGGGCUUCUUUGGGGGGAGCCAGUGAUCUACCACUGACAUCCAGUGAUCUACCGGUAGAUUAUGAUCUAGCUGUUGGACGUGCCUGCUCCAGAGCAGCUUUUCUUAACCUUGGGUUCCUAGAUGUUGUUGAACUACAACUCCCAUCGUGGCCAGUGGUCAGGGAUUAUGGAAACUGUAGUUCAAGAACAUCUGGGGACCUAAGGAUGGGAAAGGCAGAGAGGGAGAGGGAGAGGGAGAAAGAACCAAAGGCAGCCUCAGGCAUCCCUUCAGCAUGCCUAUACAGAGCUCCCCUCCCUCUGGCUACCAGCUGCCCCUGCUGAGGCCAUCAGAGGAAGAGAAAGCAGCACUCAGGCAUGGCCAGUGCUCAGGUUUUAUGGGAAUGGUAGUCCAACAUCUGGAUGGUACUAAGUUGGAGAAAGCUGCUCUAGAAACAUAGCUGGGAUUUGGGGUGCCCAUUGAUCAAGCUACAUCAACAGCAGUAACCAAGCGUGAUGCUGUUUAUGCUGUCUCCUCACCCACCCACCCAUGGGUGUUGAGGUUAGGCAAGGUUUGCAUUAGUUCAGGUUAAUCUCCCUGCACAGCUAACGCUGAAGCCACUUUCCAUUAAAGCCCCACUUUAAAUGGCUAGAAAAGCCUUGGUAAAUGGCUCCCCAAAAGGCACACCAGAUCAUUUGACUCUGAACAGUUGAGGAUGGGGCAGGCAGGGGGAGCGCUUGUUUUCAGUUCAGUGGAACAAAUUGCAUCUCUCACUUUUGUAUUCUUAAGCAUGUUCACAUACUCAGCAGCUUUUUAUUGGAGACUUUCUCCUAUAAUCAUAAUUAUCCGGCUUUCUGGGAAAGAGGAAGUCAACACACGAUCCAAAGGUUUCAGCAACAAAAGCAUGACUCUUUGGGGCAAUCACGUGCACUUACGGACUUCCCUGAUAUUUAAAAUUACUUCCAAAUUAUUGCCUCCAACAAAUGUUGAAUGACCUCUCUCCUAUUUUUAUGGCAGAUGGAACAAUGUGGAGAAUGUUUAUGAUAAGAUCCACUCCCUGAUUCUCAAACACUAACCUUCGUUAUCUCUGCUAGUUUCCUUUAAAAACAAACAACAACACCCCCCACACACACACCCAGGGUGCAUGAUGUCAUAUCCUGAGCCCUCCCCAUUCCCUGCCUGUCUUUGAAACUCUUACAGAAAGCUAGACACACUAAACAAGUGGACUGCUCUGUUCUGAACAUAAGACAAUUUAUGUGUGGCUUUUGCCUGUUUCAUUCAGUCCUGAAGAAUUUGAUUCAAGGAAUCUGAAUUCACCACAGUUCGAAGGAAGGAAGAAUCCCAAGCACGGUGAGUACAGCCAACGUAGUAUGCUUUGAGUCAUAAGGAGGGAGUUUAGAAAUUCAAAUGUGUGCUGCAAAUGUGAAAUAUUGUCUCUAUUGCAAACUGAAGAAGGUAGUUCGGUAUGGUGAAAACAUCAGCUUUAAUUAAAAAACCCACAUGUAUAGUUCUAAAUCUUGGAUCCCUUAAGAUGUGUUCAGUGCUCUCUGUGUCUGUCUCUCACAGUCUCUGUCUCUCUGGGUUGUUGUUGUUUGCAGGGGGGAUCCUCGUUGCAAAUAUCUAGCAAAGUAGACUAGAAGUCAGAAAUUUUCACCCAGAAAAGCUCUAUCACAUAUGGGGGGGGGGAAUGAACACAACCUUCUCAAGUUUUAAGAUUGUGCAAUAUGGCUUUGACACAAAUUCAAAAAAAAAUCCUCACAAAUAUCUACAAUGUAAUUCAGCUUCAGCACCUAGAUUUUGAGACUAACAAUGAAGCAUUCUAAAGAGCCUGUUACACAUUUGGUUGCAAGUAUUUUAAAAAUUAGUUGGUUUAGUAAAAUGGCACAUUUUUCAUUUUGUAGGAUCAAUGAAACCACUAAUGCCCAGGACCCAACAUUCCCAUCUGUGUACUAGACUUACUUUCAUUAGUGCAGUAAACACAGUGGGUUUGAUCUAAUCUAAUUGUGAUUGCAUCCCAAAGAAAUCAGCCUGAAAUGUUAAUCAUGGCUUAGAUUCCAUUAAUUCUAAAAGGAACUUACAAUGCAAUCCUAGGCAUAUUAAAUCAGAAGGAAAUUCCACUAUGUUAUAUAGGACUUACUCCCAUGUAAGCAUUGUGGUUUUAGUGCAACUAACUAUGGCUGCAAUCCUAUACCCAUUUAUCGGAGGGUAAGUCCCAUGGAACUCAAUGUGACUUAUGUGUGAAGAGAUAUGUACAAGACUGCAUGAUUACUCUGGAUCUAUCGCUAUGUAUGUAUUGGCUCAGUGCUUCAAUUCUGUGCACACUUAUACAGGAGUAAAUUCCAUUGAACAUUGUGGAAUUUACUUCCAAGUAACCAUGGACAGGAUUGUUCUACUUAGGAGUAAGGAUGGAGGAUAAAUUUCAUUCAGUUCAUAUUUAAAGCUGAAUGUAACAAAUCUGCAUUUUUUGAAACAAUAUGUGAACCAAAACACAGCUGUCCUCCUAAAAAUUGCACUUAUCUGAAUUUUGCAAUGUAGUUCUCUAUCCAGUGUUUGCAAAAUUCAUUUAUUAGUAGAAAUUGUGUAUAAAAAUGAAGGCAUCGGUGAAAAUAACAUACAAAAAAUGCAUGAUAUGUGGAAAUGCUUGCAAAAAUGUGUACAUUGGUCAAUAAAAUGUGUUUAUUAGGAUAAAAUUACACAAACAUGCUGCUGAAUUUUCAUGAGAAUUUUUUAAAAUUGCAAAUUGCUGCAAAGUACGGAGAGCUGAAUUUACACUGCCUGCUUGCUCAACAGGAAUCUGCUUACACAACAGGAUUUCUGGUUUAUCCCCCCCGCUCCCCAUGCCCACCCAAACCUGGAGGGUCCCCCAAACCUCUGGAGCAGAUUUUGAAGGGACACACAGGGGUGUAAGGGAAGGAGAAGCCCCAUUCUAUGAGCAGAAACCCUCUCAUACCACAUUGGAUUUCACCUCCUGCAAUGAAUGGGAUGUACAUUCCAAUGAUGGUGCUAAAUAUCUCCUAGUUUCAUUGUACAGCUCCAGCCAAAGGAACUGUGCCAGAUGAUUUAGUGUGCUGUCUGGUUCUCAGAAUCAUUAGUGGAGUUUCCUAUCAGCAGUUGUGUCAACACACUGCUCUUCCUGCUGAUUCAGGAACAAACAGUUUCAUGCUAAGUGAUGAGGAUUCCAAUGAGAACAUGACUCUGUACUAAAGUGCUCUGAUGGGCACCUCUUCUCGCAGAACAUCUUUCGUGGAACUGAUAAGUCAACUAAGCUUACCAGAGCGAAACAAAACACAUUAUUCAAAAUGGUUUUCUGUCAGUCUUAACUCAUCUUUAAAGUGCAGAGGCUGAGCAAAUGCAUCAGUUGUGAAUUGUUGACACGGCUUAGCACAAGGACAAAAAAGUUAUGGUUUGGGGAGCUGUGUGGACUGAGGGUGGGUAUAAUAUUAUACUCUAAUCUAAGAAUAGCUAGGUAGAUGCCAGGUUGUAUGUGUGGCACAUUCUAAGGACAGAAUUCAACAGACUUAAGUGUGUGUGGGGGUGCUGUCAGGGCAGGACUUUGGGGCAGAAGGCCAUGACCCCACCCAGCCAGGAUGAGCAGAAUGGUCCCCAAAUGCUGCAGGACUGGCUGGCCAUAGAAGUGUAGAUUUAGAAGGGUCAUCUAGUCCAACCUCCUGCAAUGGAGGAAUCACAGCUAAAGAAUACCCAAAAGAUGGCCAUCCAACCUCUGUUUAAAAACCUCCAAGGAAGGAGAGUCUACCACCUCCCAAGGUGGUUCAUUCCACUAUAAAAUAGCUCUUAACCACCAGGGCAUUCUUUUUCCCAAUGUUUAGUCAGAAUCUCCAUUCUUGUUACUUGAAUCCAUUGGUUUGGGUCCUACCAUGUGGAACAGCAGAAAAUAGGCUUCCUCCAUCUUCCAUGUGACAGCCAUUCAGAUAGCUGAAGAUGGCUAUCAUAUCAACUUUCUGUCAUCCCUUAUCCAGGCUCAACAUACCCAAUUCCCUCAACCGUUCUUCGCAAGUCCUGGUUUCCAGACCCUUUGUCAUCCUUUGCACAUCCUUUGUCAAUAUCCUUCUCAAAUUGUGGUGCCCAGAACUGGACUCAGUGUUCCAGGUGGGGCUUCGCCAAGGUGGAAUGGAAAAUGCAGAAAGUAAUGCAGAAAGAAACCACCACCACUGUAAGUCCAUAGUGUAAAAUUACCCAACUGCACCCCUGUGGGGAUAGGCUAGUGCAGGGGUAGGCAACCUAAGGACCAGGAGCAGGAUGCGGCCCAUUCGCCUUCUCAAUCUGGCCCGUGGACGGUCUGGGAAUCGGCGUGUUUUUACAUGAGUAGUAGUAGUAGUAAUAAUAAUAAUAAUAAUAAUAAUAAUAAUAAUAAUAAUUUAUUAUUUGUACCCAGCCCAUCUGGCUGGGUUUCCCCAGCCACUCUGGGCAGCUUCCAACAAAGAUUAAAAAUACAUUAAAAGUAUAAUGUGUCCUUUUAUUUAAAAUGCAUCUCUGGGUUAUUUGUGGGGCAUUGGAAUUUGUUCAUUUCCCCCCCAAAAUAUAGUCCGGCCCACCGCAUGGUCUGAGGGACGGUGGACUGGCCCAUGGCUGAAAAAGGUUGCUGACCCCUGGGCUAGUGUGACUGAAUGCUGCCCCAUAGGAAAAACAAUACAAAAAAAGUUGCAAACUAGUACACUGGGGAGAGUGCUAGAUUGGAUCUUUUUGUUUGGCGUGCCAUUUUUCUUUGUGGAAGGGUUUUUGGGAGGGGUAUAGUGAACCCUUCAAUCACGUCAUGCUGCACCUGCAUUUAUAAUGUUGCAGUUUUACCUCCCCAGUGAGAACAAGGAACUAUUUUUAGGGUAGCAAAUAGAUUGUUGUGCUUGGACUAGGUAGCCUACUGCAAAUAAAGGCACUUCUGGCACAGUGCAUAAAAAGUCAAAUACAAGGGAAGGGUGGAGAGAAUUUGCUUUUCUGAUAGCACAUCAUACAGUAAGCAAUUUUGCUUUCUUCAUGUCACCCUUGGAAAGAACUUGCCUUUCCUGGAAAGAACUCAUCAAUCUGUUUUACUCAUCCAGUAUCUUCCUUUAAAAACAACAACAAAAAACACUUAUGUUGCAGAAACAAGCACUCUUUUCUGUUUUUAAAUAACUUUCUCCACUCACGACUUAUGAAAUAUUAAAUAUGUUGCAUGACUUAUAAGUGGGAUAGCAAGCACUCCUUAAGGAGAAACCUACCUUGUUGCUGAGCCUUCUUGCAAAGGAAAGCAGUCUCUUGUCCUUUAAAUAGUUGUGUGUGGAUUUUGGUAGGUAAAAAUGCUACACUUCCUGCAAUCCCUCCCACCCAUGGGACCUCUGUCUUUGAAUAAUUCUGUGAUUAUGAUUUAAUAGAUGGAAGAUAGGGUGCAGCAGAACGGGAGAGACAACAACUCCCUGGAAAAAGGGGUGGGAAGUCAAUAAAAAUAAGAGAAAAGAUCCCGGGCUGGGGUAGGGAGAGAACUCUGUAUUUGAGUGUGAUUGCUCUUUAAAUCCAAGGGUGUAGGUGCAAAUGUCACUUAAUGCAGAUUAGUUACUCUGUAACACAAUUUGAGCACCCUUCUGUUCAUGCAGAUGGGAUUUCUCCAGAGCAGAGCACUCACAUGAGUUUCUUUUCUCCACUCUACAAAAUCAGGAGGGAAGACACCCUUUCAUCAGCUGGAAUGUUCCCAUUUUUCCAUGCUUCCUUGCCACUGUAAUGUUUCAUACACAUUAUUAAUUUGCAUUGCUAGGACGAAAGUCAUCUGUACAGUUUGGAGCAUUUAUGCCUUAAAAAUGGUAAAAUAACAAGCUGAUUCUUUGAUACCCGAUGUAUCUCUGUCGUUCCCUAAGGAAGGCAGCCCUUCUUAGGAUACUGCAUGCUGAUUCAUGGAUUUAACACUGCCCUUAUGUUGAUCUGAGACGGAUUUCUUUACUCAGUAGACACCCAGUUUUGCCCACAAAUAGAGGAGGAAAAUUCCAGCUUUUCUGUUAUAUAAUAUAUGCUCUUUAAAAUAUUUACACAGCCAGCCACGGUGGAGUCUUCCAGGGAAGAGCAGGCCUAAAACUGUAUCUACCUAUCUAUCUAAGUACAAAUACUCUGUUAGGAACAAAGAAUGUAAUCAUUCAUUCUGCAGACACCAUUCCAGUAGAGCUAAGCAGGGAAUGGUUAAUAAACCCAGGGAGAGUACAUUUCCUGUUGCUCAGUGGCAACUGCUGAGGAAACUUGCUUAAUCCAUCAACAGAGCUGAGUUAACUCUUGAUGGAAGGGAAACGAUUGUAAUUUCCUUUAAGGUAUGUCUAAAAGAAAGAGAAAAAUAAAUCCCAAACUGUAUCAAGGCCUUCUUUGCACAUAAUAAUUCCAGAAUGGUUACCCAGAUUGUCCGUUCUGAAACAACUUUGUUUUUCUUGGGAUUUUGAUUUUCUUAUCUGCAUGAACACGGAAUUCUCAGUUUUGCAGUUAUGGUUUCUCACAUGUCACGGUAGCAGAAUGCUAAGAGCAGCAUUGCAAUGUAGCGUUCUCUGCUCACACCUUAAUAAACUGACCCCCUGUUCUGAUAUCAUCAUAAUGCAUUUUUUUCUCAUUUUGAAUAGAUGCCGUUUGGGACAUACACUAUAGUAUAUGUGAGAAUUCCACCCAACUGAUAAAAGUUCAACUGGGAAUCAUUAAUGCACUCUCCCCAUCCGGUGUAGGUAAAAUGCAGACCUGUAGCUGCUGAGUAACAGGCAGAAAUCCAGCAGGUACAGGUCUGCAUUUCUAUGUACGCAGAGCUUCUGUAAAGUGAAAAAGGUGGUGUGCCUAGAAACCAGCAGCUUAAAACAGCAAUCCUAGCAAGUUUCUAGCACAACUUUCAAUAGGGGGUGGAGGUUAUGAAAUGUAUGUCAUGGGUUAAUUUCUAAAUAAAGAGAAUAUGCAUGAAAUGAGAGAGCGGCCGGGGGGGGGGGGGGGAAUGUGUGGAGAGAUUAUUUGGAUGUCUGAGCAACUAAUGGUUUGUUGUGAUACGCACAAGCUGCAGCGGGCCUUGUGUUUACAAGCUUCCUGUUUCAGGACAGCCACAAGGGAAUCAUGGGCAUUUGCUUUAAUUUUUUAUUAAUUGUGGUGUAUUAUUUUAUCUGAACCCAACUAAUCAGUUUAACUUAAUUGUGGUUUGUUUGAAACAAGGCAUCCUCAAGCCAUGGGUUGUGAAUCUGGUUUCUUUCACUAAACCAUAGUUAAGAUUAAACACUUAACUGCAAUUCAUGAAAAGCAGAAGUGAUUCCUCCUUGAGGUUGUUCCAGAGGAGGAGAAAGGAAAUAUACACGCCCAAAGCUCACUGCAGUUCCUUCCCAUCACGAUAAACUAUUAUUUGUAGCAAUGUCUGAACUAUGCCAGACUGUGAAUGUUCUGUAGCAAGGGAAUCAGGCCUCCAGAAGCUCCCUUCUUUAUUAGAACUUCCCAUCUUGCUAACCAGAGUCCUGGCAUUCAGAAUAGUUUCCAGGGGUGAAUCCCGUAAAUGCAGCCUCAAAUCAAGUCCAGUAAUACACUUUUCGAGCUUCAUUCCAAAAGAAGCCCUGCUGCCCAUUUUGGGGGAUGGGAAAGGGCAGCUGGGGUGGAGGGACAGAUUAUAUUUUUUACCCAGUUAUAUUUUUUCUAACAUUUAUCAGAUCAGACCAUGAGCCUCCAUUUCCAUUUUUGCUGCAGAUGCUUUACAUGGGUGUGUAGCAGACUUGAAUAUAUCUGCAUAAGAGAUAGCUGGACUUCCUGCCAACUUCCGUAUCAGUUUGAUAACAAUAGUUUUGGAAGAAGCAUGUCAGGGUCAAUAAAAGAAAUUUGGCCUCAGGAAAGUUGUAAACAAAGAAAAAAGUGGUUCCUCUCUUUCUGUUUCCUGUUUCCUUGACAGGCUGCGCUUCCUUUUGUUUAAUUACCACAUCAUGCGGAUAUGUGCAUCAACACCUAAAUCAGAAGUGGGCAAUCCUUUUCCAAUUGAAGGUCUCAUACCCUCCAGGGCUAUCUGUGGGGUGGGGGGGUGGGGGUCACAUGCUGGUGGCAGGCAUCCCUGCUUUUGACUUUCAAGCAUCUCUUCAAAACUUUUUUGCACUGACAGGCCUUCACAGCUGUUUAGUUUUUGAUUAGCCAGUCACUUUAACGGUUAUCUGCAUUUUAUUUUUUUUAAUGAUUUUUUAUAAUGUACACUGCUUUGAUAUUUUAUGAUAUGGUGGUGCAGAAAUACUUCUAUAGCUAAAUGACGGCCAGGACUAAAGCCCAAAUUGGAUAGGUUUGCUGCUUUUUCUUUCUCUCUCUGCCACCUCUGUCUGUCUGUCUGUCCCCACUCCCUCUCUAUUAUUCCCUCCCCUCUCCCCAUCUUUUCCCAGUAGGCUGACAAGGGAGAGACAAAUUGCUCUUGCCAGAGGCUUGAACUGAUCACUUGCAGAGAACUUUUGAAACUGGGUCGAGGGCACAGGUUGCAUGCCGCUGACUUGCAUGAUCAACAGCUGGGGCAGCGCUGACUUGUCUGUAGGAAGCCUGGACAAUGGAAGCAGCAGGGUAUCAGAAGAUAAAAAUCUGGGUCACCUUGGAGAUCUGAGACUCAGGAAAAAGGAAAGCAGCUCACGUAUUGCUUCUCCUGCCAGAAAUUACCCCAGUAGCACCAUCUUUCAGUAGGUUAGGAAAUUGUGACUUGCAUGCAAGGACACAAGAAGGGAUUCCUCCCCCUCCUGUUCCGCCCUGUAUUCAUCACACACAGCAUUAUUUGUGCUCUGCUACAGUUCACUUUCUGCCAAAAACUAAGUUACUCGUCUCACUUUCCACUGCAGCAAAAUUAUGUAAGUAAUCAUGUAAAUUAUGUAGUCAGUAUGUUAUCCAACCCCAAAUCUACACACACAAUGAAAAUGGGGUGUGUGAUGUAAUCAAUUUCUUAUCAAAUGGGGAAAAUGACAGUGAAUACAGAUUGUAUUUGGUGGACUGAAUUUACAAGUAAUAAUUACUUUUGCACUGGAAAAAUAAAAAGUAAUGAUAUGUAAGACAUACCACACAAUGCACAACGUUUCCUUUAAUAUUAAAGUGAAAGUGUGUGUGUGAGAGAGAGGCUUAGAUAUGUUGUGGCAUGAACUGGGUUGUGCACACAGCACCAUCUGCGCACAGCCAAUUGCACAUGCAGUUUGUAAAGGCUGUAUGAGCUGCAUGAGCAUGUCUGAUCUCCACACAAAUCCAAUGCAGACAUGCCCUUAUCAUUUUCCAUCGCACGUUAAGAUCCUUUGGGCCCAACUACCUUUAACAUCCACAAUCCAAUUAAUUAAGUAUCCAUUGGCAGGUAAGGUUGGAAUGAAAGCAUCUCUCUAGCAUGCAUAUGAAAACAGCAAAGAUUCUAACCCAUAAUCUAUAAGUGGGUGUGAUGCCUUUCCCUAUGAUUAGAACGUGGGCUGGAUAUGUGGAUCUGAUUAAAUUUCAUGAAUUUAAUUUGAGAAUGGGUGAUUUGGGCCCCUAUUGGCUACUGUAGACUAAUUGGAUGACUGAAAUAUAGCCUAAUAAACUAAGAGCAACAACAGCGGAGCUGGUUUUUAUAAAAUCCACUUUCCUGUGAACUGAAAGUCAAACAACAACCCCCACCGCUGCCCAGCCCUGUGAUGAAUGGGAAAUCUCUGGGGGAAUUUGUGGGAAAGUAGCUGCUAUAAACCUGUGCAGAGACACUCAGUGGAUUAUGGCUGAUGCCAGAAAAGCACCCUCUCACUUGCUAAUAAAAGAUGCAACAGCAUGUUCAGAGGCUUUGGGAAAGGUAAAGCACAAUUGCCGAAUCCGACACGUACAAGCCGUGAUUACUGCAAUCAGCACCUGCCUGUGUGCCUCACCCCACAAAAAAGCAAUCAAGAGAUACUUCAUUUAUGAAAGGCCAUGAAGAAACCCCGGCACAGGUGGGGGAGGGGAAAGAGGAGGAAUGACAGCCUGUCUUACUCUCUCCUUAGGCUGCAGGCUUUUAGUUAAUGUGUGGAAGGCAUUGAACACAAAAAAGUAACUAAAUACUAAAAUAUCUACAAUCUGAAGGAAACAUAUAAUUAUGUGGGGGAACCAAGAAAAUACUAGUUGGAGCAGGGCCAACCCCAAUGUUUUCCAACACAAUUCCCAGUUUGAACUCUGGUGACAUUGUGUGGAUGCUGUAGAAAAGAUGUGCAUGAGUAGCACCAAUUCCAAAGUAAACUCCCAUCUUGAAUCACCUGUUACUUACAAAAACAAAAGUGGAUGCUUUCUAUCUCUGCAUUUGAUGCACAAAAUGGGGGCAGAGGAGAGCAUGUUCACCUGAAGUUUGAACAGGUACUUUCUCAUAGCCCCAAACUACCACUUCCUGUUUCAGCUGCGCUUGCUGGAAAUUUUCCUAGGCAUGUUAACCACUGAUACAUUUGAAGUGUAUCUGCAUCUGAUCUCAGGUCACUUCCAGACCUGUUUAUUGAACAGUCAUCCUAAUUUAUUGGUGGGAAAUUUAGAUGAUGUUGGUUAUCUAUUGAGCAUUCAUUCUGAUUUGUUUGCUGGGAACUUAGAUGACUUAGAUGACAAGCAAAUGUUAUCCCACGCUUUCAAGGAUGUUUUCCUGUCAACUUCCUUUUUGCAAAAAGUCUGAUCUUCUGAUGUUCACUGUGCAAGACGUCCAAAUCAACUCUGAUUUCACAAGCUGAAUUUGCCAGUUUGUGACUGAAUCCUACCCCAAAAGAGUGACAGGCUGGAAGUGGUCUCAGUGCAGCACUGCUGCACUACAUUGGAAACACAGAAAACAUCCAGAAAAGGGCAGAUAGUUCCCCACCAGGAACCUGACAGAGAAUUUAGGAAGUGAAGCUCACUCACACUUAGCUUCAUUCCAGGAGCACAGUUUCAUUCUGCUUAAUUUUCUGCAUUUCAAAUUCCUCUUAAGGCAGGACACUAAAAAAAAGAAAGUGGCAAUCUUGACCCAGCUUCUCUUCCUUUCCCCAUAAAUCAUAAUGAGCAAAGUUCCUCCCAAUUUCAAAAGGGCAAAAAAAAGAACCCCCCCAAAAAACCUGUAUUCUGCCAGUCCCCCCAAGCACUCACUCAGAAUUCUCAGUUGACAUUGGCCAGUGUCAAAAUUGUAGAAACAAGUCAGUCUGGAUUCCUGACCUAUCCAUUUUUCAGUAUGCUAUUUCACUGUUGGGCAUAACUGACCUUUUCAUUCACUUUUUGAUCAGAAAAUGAAUGCCGAUGUACUUGUCAGAAGAUGUUAGCACAUUAGAACAAAGCGUGAGAACAGAGGAUGGAAAGCAAAUCCAAAUGAAAAAUGUCUUACUGACCCAAAGAGAGGCUUUGAUGUUACACACAGAAUAAUUACUUCUCUGUUGUGCUUGCGCCUGUUUACACAGGAGCUGAAAAGACUCCGCACCUCACUUGUGGUCAGUAGGUUACAUUCUGUUCCCCUAUCUCCAUAUGCUAUGCUUAGAGUCCAGGAAUUAAGUGGAUGACCUAUUCAGAAAGGACCAAUGGACCCAUUUAGUCCAGCAUCCUGUUCUCACAGUCGCUGACCAGAUGCCUGUGGGAAGCACACAAACUGGACCUUUUUGGGGGGGGAAGCAAGAUAGGAAAUAAAUAAAUAGUGGACAAGCCUGAUGAGAGGAUUUGCUGUCAACCCUAAGCGAAAGAAGUGACAGCCUGGCAGGGAAUUGUCUAGAGCACACCAUUACAUCUGACCUGGUCCUGUGUCUGCAGGAAAUAUCCCAAGCACCUUGUUAACAAAUCACUCUUGAGGUGCCUCCUCGUAAUACGACAGUGCCCAGGAAACACUUUUCCUGCUUUCUCCACUUUUCUUCCUUCUGGCUUUAUAUUGUUGUUGUUUAGUCGUGUCCGAUUCUUCAUGACCCCAUGGACCAGAGCACGCCAGGCACUCCUGUCUUCCACUGCCUCCCGCAGUUUGGUCAAACUCAGGCUGGUCGCUUCGAGAACACUGUCCAACCAUCUCGUCCUCUGUCGUCCCCUUCUCCUUGUGCCCUCCAUCUUUCCCAACAUCAGGGUCUUUUCCAGGGAGUCUUCUCUUCUCAUGAGGUGGCCAAAGUAUUGGCAGCUCAGCUUCAUGAUCUGUCCUUGCAGUGAGCACUCAGGGCUGAUUUCCUUAAGAAUGGAUAGGUUUGAUCUUCUUGCAGUCCAUGGGACUCUCAAGAGUCUCUUCCAGCACCAUAAUUCAAAAGCUUUAUAUUAAUGCAUCACAUUAGAUAGAUGGGAAGUUAUUUUUGCUAAUGCUGGCAGGUAGAUCCUACAAUAUUGCCUUAAAAGCUGUGCUGCGCACACACCUUACCUUGACUUUUCGCAACACAAUACUUUCCAUGUUUACUCAGAAGUCCCACUGAGUUCAGUGAGUACUUCUUUGACUCAAACCCCAAGUCUAUUUGCUUAAAGAGGUUAACUUCCAAGUAAGUGUUAACAACAGAACUAGAGCCUUAAAGGCCUACCUUUAUUGAUUUGGAACUGAAAGCCAGUGCAAAACAAGGCAUUCAGCAAGGUUACGUGGUAAAUUUCAGUAUCAGCCUACCCUACUCACAAGAUAAGUGUUAUAAGCCUUGAGACACGUAAAUGGCUCAUUAAGCAGUAGAGUUAAUUGAAUGCCUGAGUGAGACCAUUAUAGACAGUGUGUGCUAGUGAUUUACCACUGACAUAAUUAGCUGGUGGUAGUUUGGCUUCUAAUGAAAAUAUAAUUUCAACUGCUGCUGACAAUUAAAAAAAACAAAAACACUAUCUGCUGUAAACCGAUUAAGAAGAUAGCAGAGCUGAUCUACAAUAUUUGUCUAACACAGAACCUGUUUUCUUUUAAAGCACGCUCUCCCUUUUUCUGCCCUAAAGCAGAAAAAAGUGUAGCUCUGGCAUUUUAAUAUGUGAAGGAAACCAAAGCUGCAUAUCAGAUGGUGUGGAAUCACCUUCAAUAUGUCUUUGUUGCAAUAACUGAAGAUUUCCGUACAUGCCCAUUAUUUAUUUAUUUACUUUUAAAAUAUGGUUAUGCCUGUACAUAUACAAGAGGUAUACAACAUACAUGUAUAUAAUAAAACUGUAAUGAUAACAAAAACAGCACAGCUAUAUUCUUCCUUCAUGCUGCUAUUCAGGGUGAUAAAAUCAUAAUGGUCAAGUCAGUAAAGAGUUCUUUCAUAUGUUCGGAAGUUGUCACAUUAAGAGCAACGGGACCUCUCUGGGAAGAUUUUGGUUUAAGCCUGUUUGGAAAUGUAAAAAGUUGGAUAUUAUUUUCAUAUGUUCUAAGAGUUUUCCAGGUACCUACUUCCUCCCCCUGCCUUUUUCUUUUCAUUUUAUUUAACACAUUAACUGUAGAGAGCAAACAUAGCUGUGUAUCCUCACGUCCUAACAUGAGUGCUCCAUCUCAGAGUCUACCUAAACUUUGGGGACACUCGAUUCCACCAAGCACCCCCAACUGACUCUCUAGCCCUCCAGGCUACUUAGCAUGCUCAUUCUUCAUUAAGAUGUGAUGUAGUGUAUGUGUGUUAAAAAUAGUAGCUGUACUAACCUUGGGAUUCCCCGAAACAUGAUACCACCUCUCUCUUGUUUCAGUUCCAGUUUGGUUGACACUCACUACCUAUGCAUUAUGCUACUGGGAAUGAUCUGGAAUGCCAAGGAACAUAUUUCCAGAGGGGUAAUUGUGUGAGUCUCUUGCACCCCCAAAAAUCAAAGCCUCUCCUGGAAACUUAAAGACUAACAAAUGUCUUGUGGACUCAAGCCCAGUUUGCUCUUAUGUACCCUGAUCUCCAAGCAGUUUCAGUUCAUAACCUGGGUUGUUUCCAUGGAAUGAAGCCACUAAAGGUUUGGGGUGUCUUUGUGAUCUAGGGUUAUAUUUACGCCUUUAGGUAGAAAUCCGCUUGAAUGCCAAAAGAUGCCCCAAAGUUCACUGCUUUCCAUUGGAUUUUGAGGGGGAUGCAGCCAAUCCACAAAUUUAUGUUAGCUCCUACCAUCUAGUACUCAAGCUUCUUUCUCUGACUCUGUGUGCCUCUUGAAAACUAUGAGUUUAUUAUACUCUGACAAUCUGAUGACAGCACUUCCAGCCAGGGAGGAAGAAAGAUAUGCUGACGUUUUACUACACUGCCUGUCAUCUUCCAGAAGUGUGUCCAGCAAUUCAGUUUCUGUGCCACAGGCCAAGGCUAUUUACUGAAGAAAAGAGACAUUUUAGCAGACCUCUUCUGCAGACCCCAAUCUUACAAUUAUACAGGGUGUUCAAAAAGUAACUAUACACCUAUGGACAAUGUAAUACAUAGUAGGUGUAUAGUUACUUUUUGAACACCCUGUAGCAUCACAAGUUUGGAGGGGACAACUCCAGCCCAUAGCAAUAUAUUAUAUAGUUAUAAUGUAACAAGCGUUCAGAUUUCCUAACUAUACAGUACAUGCAGAAGUGUUCACAGAAACUUGCAUAUCUACUUGAAAUCUAAGAAAGGGUGAUCUAAAAAUGUGCAUGUAUUUUUUGGUGGGGAAUCUUUUUUUCUAAAAUACCAGUACCUUCUUGCUACUGGUACUUAACAUAACCAGCUACCCAGUAACAUUUUCACUUGGAAAAAGGAAUUUCCUUGCUAUGAAGAUGACUUAUUUCUCUUUUUACAUAUUACAUAUUGCAGUUUCCUGUUUGGUUUAACCUAUUUUCCUUAUUAAAUUGGAUUACCAUUUUUGAAUACCUGGUUGCACCUUUAAUAAAGAUCUGAGGCGAUUAAAUGGUAACAAUUUUUAUCUAUAUGCAACAAAAAGCUUUACCUGCUAACUUCUGCUGACAAAAACACAGGAACUGUUGCUGUUGUUGGACUACAACUCCCAUCAUCCCUAGCUAGCAGGACCAAUAGUCAGGGAUCGCACGAGUUGUAGUCCAUCAACAGCUGGGGAUCAAAUUCUGAGAAACAAUGGACCAGACUUCAGCCUUACAUCCCUUUUCAAGGCACCCAGGAAACGCGUAUUACGACAUAUCGCCUUAAAGGCUUGAGAUAAGAGUGAAAACCGUUGCAAAUAUUGAGAAACCUCCCAUUGCAUUAAUUCAAACUCUAUCGGCACUUAUUAAUAGAAGUUGCCAUGCCCAUUUAUUCCUUUAUUUCACAGCAUUGUGCACGCAGCUCUAUGCGUGGCUUACAAUAAAUAAGGCAGAAGGGUGAGUUGGGGGAAUGCUCCAACUUAAUGACCGGGGGGGGGGGCAUCAUCCCUGACUUCUUCCUCUCCCACUCCGUUCUCCUCGUUUUAAACGAAUCAUGUGAGUGUGUGAAAACGUCCUCUUCCGCCUCCGAUUGGACAGUGCGUGGCACGUGACCGCCACCAACGUCCCGCCCCGUCCCUUGUACGGACGGAUCCUGGAGGUGAUACGAGGAUGCGCGUGGGAAGGACGUGGGCGUGAACGCGAGGGUAGGGGCGGGGCGGGAUUCCUCCUCCCCUUCCUUUUUUUAAAGGAACACCCACACGGUGGAGAUGCGGCGUUCGCUGGAAGUCGAUUUGCUUGCUCCGUGGUGGUAAUGGCGGGGGUGGGGUGGAAUCGCGCGCGCGCGCUCAGGAAGGUCUGGCGCGCGCGCUCGCUGGCUGGUGUGUGGGCGUGUGUGGCUAGCGCGGAGCCGCGCUUUCAUUGAUUGGGGCGGUCUUACUGGGAGAGGGAGCGCGCGAGGGCGUGCGGGUGUGGAACGCGCGCAGCACGGCAGCGGCACCCGCCCCACUAAGAAAACCGAGGCGGCGGCGCUGGAGGUGGGUGGCCAGCCCGGGGAGGUGAGGGGAGAUUCGUUUGCUCCGGAGGUGGGGAAAAAGAAAAGCAGCAGCGAGGUGAGGGGGCGGCGUCAUUUAAUUAUUAUAUGCAUAUAUUCCAAAGGGAUCCCCUCUUUCUUCCCAGGCAGGGAGGAUGAGGCGGGAGGUGGUUAGUGGCGUUGUAGUAAGUAAGGGCGGGUGGCUGGGCUGCUCCCGCUGCUGCAAACUGCGAAAGGAAAGGGGGGGGGAUAUUGAGCUGCUUUUUCAUUCAGUGCCCUUGUUUCCAGGGUGUGAUGUGUGUGGCGGGGGGGAGAGAAACUCAGCUGUUGACCUGGGAAAGUUGUCCGUGUGGCGCGGGGUGGGGUGGGGGGGAAGGGAGCUACCCCAGCUGGAGAGACUUUUGCCAUCUCUUUGCAUAGCUCUCCGCGGGGUUGCUUCUGGCGGAGAGAUGGAGGUGCUGCUGCUCUGUUUUUAAGCACUUCCCUUUUCUGUGGAGUUCCGAGUGUUUUCCUUGGUGGCGCCACCGAAAUGGUGUCCGCCUGGGCUGAAGCAGAGGGGCGGGAUUGUGCGGCUUCUCGACCUCGAGCCAGACGAUGCCUUGGGGUGUGUUCAGAGGCAGGAUACCUUCGAAAUAGCAUGUGCUGGGGGCAAACAACAGGUGGAAGCUCCAUGGCUUCGUUGUGGAGAGUUGGUGUAAUGCAGAGAUGGGAGGCCUUUGACUUUUCAGUUGCUUUUGGACGCGAUUCCCAUCAAGCCCAGAGAAGCUGGUUAAUGGUCAAGGGCAGCGGAGGGCCACAAGUUCACUGGUUUAGUGUCUAACAGGCUAAGGCUGCAGUCCUCAGUUGAUCCCAUUCGAUUCACUGAGACUAACUUCUGUGUAGACAUGGUUAGGGGUGCCAUGAACUGGGAAAUCCCAGGGUCACUUUCAGGUCUCCGCCAUCUGCAUUUUGUGACACACACGUUGCAUAGAAUAUUAUAUGGAUUGUAAAUAUUAUCCACUUCCUGCGUGUGGACCCUGUAAGGUUGGCUAGAAGGGAUCUUUGUAUAGUUGUCAUUGGGGUAGAGCUGGGAACGCUUUGAGACAAAGUAAAGAGUGUAAGGAAAGAGGGGUCAUUAACCAGUAUGUCUGGAUUACGAAUUGUGAGAAAGGAGGAUUUCCCCUUUCAGUUACUGGGGGAGGUCAGUCGGCAGGAGCAGACUUUGGAUCUGCCAAGGUUAUUCUAAUGAGUUUGUGAGUGCAGGGUAUUUAUAGAAUUGGGCAGGAGUACUUGAAAUUCCUCCUCUCUGGCCAGGUUAUAAUUGUAUACAUCGAUUGAAACAUGAAUAUGAUGUGGCCAAAUUGUAAGUAUAGCUGACUCAAUUGUUUGGGCUUGUCCGGUUCUUCAGAUAUGGAUUGGGGUGCUGUAACAUGGAUAUGGCAAUACUUGAAUUGCUAUUGCUCUAUCCUGGCUUUUGACACCUGUUAUAUGGACCCACCUUAUUUUCCAUUUAAAUUGUUCUAACCGAUUUUAAUACUGUAUUUUCAUAUUGCUGUAACCUGCUCCGGAACCUUGUGGUAAGGGUUCUUAAGAAAUACUGGGUACAUAUAUAUUUUUAGUCCCAUGAAACUCUUGUUCGGACAAAAAUGAUAAGAAUAUGUGGUGAAAGACAUUGAGAAGCUGCUGCUUAUAGAUGCAGCUCUUUUUGCCCUGGUUAUUCUUUUCCAGAGGCCCAACAAUACUUGCUGUCAAAUCUUGUAUGGAAUAUAAGUUGAAGUGUUGGGUGGAGAAGACUGGUCUGCUUUUAUGGUCACAUUGCCAGAUCCAUAAGCAUGUGUGAUGGAAAGGUAGUUGUCUGUCUUCAGUGCAAGUCCUUUCACUGGGUACAUUUUUGCUGUGGCAUCCUAGCUGGGGCUGUUUAGAUGCACAAUGUUGAUUUUGAGCUAUGUGGAGAAGACAGCAGCACAAGAGAUUCUAUGUAAAGGAAGGGAUAGACAGGCUUGAGUUCGGGUGCUUGUGAUGCCAGUGAAAACUGCUGCUUGAGAAGACUUUCCUUUCCCACUGGAUUAGGAGCUGACACAGAUUGUCUGUAAAUCUGAGGGUUGCUGUACUGAUUUAAAGCCCUUCUGCAGAAAGGCAUGAUGUGUAUGCAGAUUUUAACCGAGCAUGUGAUAGGAGCCAAGCAUUGAGUCAUUGUUAAUUGGAAACUUAAUACUUACUCUUUCUGCAGCUGCACAGAAAGACCAGUGAUUAUUAACUACUGCUUAUUAUUUUUAAUCAAAUACUUGCUAAUUUGUGGAGUUUCCUUUUCUUAAAAAAAUCUGAAGCUGGCAGGCUUAAGAAAAUUCACUUCUUUAAAUCACUGUAAAAAGCUGCAAAGGAUAUUGUAGUUGAGGUUAUUUUCUGUAAGGUCGCUGCUCAAUUUAACAGAUGAAUACAUCAUGGUAGAAGAAAAGAAGAGCAAAUCCAAAUCUCUUGUCAACAAUCUCUUUCCUACUGGUGUCAGCCUUUCUCCUGGUAGUAAAUUCUAAAGUUUAAAUGAUUUACAGUUUCAGCUUGUAGAGGAAUUAUUCCAUUAAUUGCUAAUGUAAACGUUUUUCGAAUGGCAAGCUUGUGUCUACUGUUCUAUCAGGUGGUGCUGUGUGAUAUGUGUGUUACUUACAUUCCCUUCAUACUGUAGCCUUGACUGUAGCUUUGCCUACAAAGUAUGAUGAUAAUGUAAUGUACCUUAAAAUUGGUAGAACUGUGCAGGAUGGAUUGGCAGUUACUGGGCAUGUUUUCCAAUUAGAUGGAAAGUAAAUUCCCAUGUUGGUUGGUUGAGUAUUACAGUACAUACUACUAAUUUUAAAACUGAACACAUCCUUUCCUCCUUCAUCCAUCACAGCUGUGGCCUUUCCUAUGGAUCUUCCUGAUGUAAACUCUCAAUCUAAGCCAGUGAGAAAGAAUCUGAACUGAACAUUGAACCAAACUGGCCUACGGUUAUAAGGUCUGCAGUGGGUUGUUUUGUCUGCUGGAUAGGUUCUUGCUUUGUAUCUUACGAUAAAUGUGCAAUCCGAUGCAGAGGAGUGUUUUGAUCUGAACUACACUUCCCUUCAGUGUGAUGCAUAUUGCAGGUUCAUGACAUGAUUGAGAUUCAGGUUAGUAGGUUAGUGGAGUAAACAAGCAGUGCACAAGCUUGGAUUAGAAGCCUAGAAUCACAUUUGGUGACUGUAAGUAAAUGUUUUAAAUACAGUGGUACCUCGGGUUACAGAUGCUUCAGGUUACAGAUGCUUCAGGUUACAGACUCCGCUAACCCAGAAAUAGUACCUUGGGUUAAGAACUUUGCUUCAGGAUGAGACCAGAAAUCGCGUGGCGGCAGCAGGAGGCCCCAUUAGCCAAAAUGGUGCUUCAGGUUAAGAACAGUUUCAGGUUAAGAACGGACCUCCAGAACGAAUUAAGUACUUAACCUGAGGUACCACUGUGUGUGUUAUGUUUCUAGUGUUAUUUUUGAAGCCUAACGAAUAUUUGCUAGCGUGGCUGCAACUAGAAACAGGGGUUUUGAUUUGUUUUUUGUUUUUAAAAAAGCUUAGUUGUCUCAGUUGUAUAUAUCAACUUGAUGUAAACAGUCAGCCUUGUCAGUCUGAAUAAAUUAUUUCUUAAGCACACACAAAUAUGACAACUUUUUAUCUCUUAUUUUGAUAAAAUAUGUAGGCUUCUGCCCAAGGCAAGAUUUGAAGGUACUGGUGGAAGAGAAUGUACAAUUAUGUAUAUAUGUGAAAAUAGCUACUGAGGCUUUUGCAUAAAUGACUGCUUCGGAAGCUAAACUGGGUGUAACAGCACAGAUAAAUUUAACAAAAGAACAGAAUUCUAUGGUCCAGAGAUCACCAAGCUUUUGUGGGGCUUGUGCAUGUUUGCAACCCAGAGAAAAUGUUGGUGUGCAUCACACAAACACCCCAACCAGUUACACACUGCAUCCUACUAUUUUGGCUACAAGGCAAUUCUUCUUUCCGAUCUUAUUUCAGUGAGUAGAUGGGAUUCUGUUUGUUCCAGGAAAGGCCUCUGCAGAUGUACCUGAGGGUGCCAUGUUUGCAACCCCUGCUAUAGUCUGGAGUGGCAUCCCAGGACAGGAGAGGGAGAGUUGCUCUUUCAGGUUUCCCUGUCUGAAGCAUGGCAACCUCUGCUGUUCUUGCUCCUCUGCUGGUGGGAAUAUCCAAACCUUCCUGUUCCCCUAACAAGAUGCCAGAAUAUUGUAGGGGGCAGGGACAGGAGAAUGCCGUCCUGGAGCAGGCAUAACUUAUUUUCCCUCCAGCCUUGUCUAUAUUGACAAACAUGAGAGAGGCAGGGCUUUGGAUUUCCCCAUUCUUUUGCUGCUGUUUCUCCCUUCCCUGAUGCUUUGAGGAAAAAAUGGCAAAUUCCUGGAUUAAAACACAGUUUACUGUUUUAAAUAAAUAUUUAAACUAUUUACGUAAUAAUAAAGUAUUUUAGACUUGCUAUCAUACUGCUAAAACAAAUGUCUAAACAACAACAAAAAAUACUUAACAGCUUCCUGAUGAUUGCAUAUAACCUACCAAGGUAUAAUAAACAUUUUACUUGUUUAUUUAGUUCAUUUGUGUAUUUUUGUUUAAAUUAGUAGUUGUACCUUUUUGAGGCUUCAUGGGAAAUGUACUCAAAGUAUUUGAGGCUCAGAAAUAGGCUGUCCCAGUCAGUGGCCGAGCAAUAUUGAGAAAUUUCCAAAACAGUUACUCAGGUUAAUGAAAACAGGGGGAAAUGAAUGCCUGCCACACAAUGUUGCAUCCUAUUUUGGCCCAGGCUGCAUUUCCUUAUGCUUGACUCACUGCUUCAAGAUCAGAGCUCUGUGGAGUUGAUGGUGACUUGAUAUAAACUAGUUUUUCCUCUUUGAUAUGCCAGUUUUGAUUGCAUCACUAAUGAGCCCAGAGCAUGUAUUUUCCUAAACUUUUAUAUUUGGUCACUGAGCAAGCUUGACUGUUUAUGUCGACAAAAAGGGUAGAAUGCUCCUUUAGAUUCAGUGAAUAAUAUUAUGGUCCCAAGAAAGAAAGCAGAAUGAUGGCAUGUAGCCAUGGCAACAACAUUUUGUGUGGGGGCUUUUUAAUGUAGGAGGAUUCAGGUAUCCUUGGUUAUUGCUCAGCAUUUUUUAUCUAGGUUAAGGAAGAAAUUUGCAUUUUUAAACAAAAUCAGCUUGCGAAAUGUAUGCACUCUGUUGCUCAGAAUGCAUACGUUAUUAUUAUUUUUUAAAAAGGACUUGGCUUGCAAUAGAAGGCUAUCUUCUACAUAGGUUUCAAUUAAAUUCUUGGGACCCCAAGCCUGAAGCUACUUGUGCCUAAUACUGAAAGGCAAAAUAUUCUUUCUGUUUAACAUUGAGAGAUAAGAAUAGACAAAAAAGUGCCUAGCUUUGUUCUAAUUUAAUCUAUCAAUACACUUCUGUCAUAUAAAGCAUUACCCUUUGGGCUUUCUGAAUGUUCUGACCUAUUGUUCAAGGCUAAGUGAUGUGGGGAGAGAAGCAAAAAUAGCUGUCUAAUUUAUUUAGAUAUAAAGAGCAGCAAAAGGUAAUCAUUUGAACAGCUGAAGUAUCUCUUCAUAAUAUAAAUCAUAAUAUAAAUGGCAAUCCCUUGACUUAAACUUAAUAGUACAGUACUUACAGCCUGGCCCAAGUUUUAUAGCUUGCCUUUGAAUGAUUCACUUGAAUAAAUGUACUCUUGAAUGAUUAAAGGCUGCUCGGCCACCUCUGUAUCUCUCUUUUUCAUGUGGCAAACACGGUGUUCUUAAAUACAUGGUGACUAAACCGAUCACUUGUUAGUACAUGUUUAGUCCUUCAGCUUUUCUGGUAGUUAGUCACAGUAGACUAUUAGUGUUGUCACCUGCCCUGGCAUCACAUGCACACACAUUCUUUAACAAUGUAUAUAUGAAAAUUGUGUGGUGAUCUGGUGGUGGGAGAGCUCCUAUACAUGCUUAUUGGGAGAACAUUAGAACAAUUAGGCUUGCCUAUAAGCUCUCUUUGAUACAGUGGUACCUUGGGUUAAAAACUUAAUUUGUUCCAGAGGUCCGUUCUUAACCUGAAACGUUUCUUAACCUGAGGUACCGCUUUAGCUAAUGGGGCCUCCUGCUGCUGCUGUGCCGCCACUGUGCAAUUUCUGUUCUCAUCCUGAAGCAAAGUUCUUAACCCGAGGUACUAUUUCUGGGUUAGCGGACUCUGUAACCUGAAGCGUCUGAAACCCAAGGUACCACUGUACAUGGAUUUGUUUUAUGCUGAUCAGAGUCAGGGGGUUACCAGACAGUUGAAGUUGUCACUGGAACACCUAGGGUCCUCAAUCCUCCAGGUGUUUAUUUUUCAGUGGUCUUUAAUUACUCUUAAGAACAUUAUUAUAUUUUGGUAAAACUGCUAAACAUGUUGUUAACUCUGGAUCUCCAUAAUGUAUGUAACUUGAACCUUGUGACUUCAUAGUCUCUGUAUCUUUCUGUGCCAUACAUGAACUAUGAAGAUACAAAAUACAGCACACUACAGUAUUGCAAUUUAUACAGAAUAUAUUUAGUUUAAAAUUUCAACCAAUAAUUUAGAAGUUGGCUACUGGAAGGGUUUCACAAAGGAGUUCUGUUUGUAUCUGUAUAAACUAAAGGCCCUCUGAAGAAUGGCUGCUUUCAGUUGCAUUGUAGCUGGAGAAAGUCUGUAAACGCCAGCUGCAUGGCAAGUAAAAUGAGAAUGAUUGAGCAUGCUUGCUUAACUGUAGUUUGCUUCCUACUUCACAGAUUCUAUUUUAAGAUACUAAGUAAUGAAAUGGAAAGCAAUGGAUUCUUGAAGCCAUUUGAUUGUUUUAAAAUUGAUUUAAGUUGUACUGAAAUAAUGUAAUAUCCAUCUCUUUGGGUGUAUUUAUAUAAACAUUGCCUGCAUAAAGAGCCUCAUACUAUGAAGCAGCUUCUAAAAAUGUAAGGUGUCUCAAGGAAAUUCCUGUUCAUAGGUUAAGGGAAAUGUGUGGUUUAAGUGAAUGCAGAGUUAAUGCUUCUUAAGCAGUGAUAGGAAAUCAUCUCAAAGGUGUCUUGCUUAUCCUGAGUUCCUAUAAACUGGAUAUGCGGGAAGGGUCUAUAGAUAUGCGGGGGCACUUUACUCCAGUGGUUUGUUUCCCUGAGAUGGUUAUACCAUGCAAUAUAGCUAAAUUUGGUGUAAAAUGAGUUUGACAGUUUCUGGUCCAUUCCGAAACACAGCCUAUGGUAACCCUAUUUAGGUAUUCUGAAUUGGGCAUAAGUCAGUGCAUGAAGAGAGGAGAGCAUGCAGUAGCUGCACCCUACCAAACCGUGUCCUUUUAGUCCUCCAUGGGGUUGUUUUAUUUUUCAACAGACCUUUACAGCUCUAGUUUGAUAUUUUAAACUAAAAUGUAUGUCCCUGUUUAGGAAACACAUCUUGGUGGUAUCCAUUGUAGUAGUACCAUUGGUGCAAGGGUUUCCAUUUGUACAGCAGAAAUUCCCUACCCUCUCUCUGUGUGCCCCUCCCCAUAUCUGCUGCAGAGGGUUGGAGAUAACCCAGAAGAGAUUUGGCAGAACGCAAAAAGAGGAAGAAGGUCCAUUACACAGCCAGAAGUCCUUGAACUGAUGGUACUACUUCAUUGGAUCCCGCCAUUAACUGUAGUUGGUUGAAAACAAGUGGCUGCUUCCAAUCUCUACCUGGUAGAUGAGCCAGACGAAGAAGAGAGAAUGGGGAACACACAAACUUGAGACUAGUUAAUGUGGCACUCUGGUUCGGUGUCAUGUUGUGGCCAGUAAAAUUGGGGAUAGUUCAUAAAUGCUCCUAUGGUCUCUUCACUUAACAGUUGCAGGCUGUGUGUUGAGCUGUGUGUUGGAGUUGCUCAAAUUUUACUUGCUUCAUUCUGCCUUGGCUGCGGCAAAGAGAAACAAACCAAAGGGCUAAAUUAGCAUCACAUGUCAUGUGAUCCACUACCUGUGACUUGUUUUUCUCCAAACAAACCAGAAACAUAAACCAGGGCUUGUUGCUUCCCACUCAUGGUUUGUUUGAGGGACAGGAAUGCUGGUUUGCCUAGUGUGCCAAGCCUCAUGACCUGUUUGCUGCAGUUGUAGGCAGGGCUACGGGUGAGCAGGGUAUCCAGCAAUACUGCUCAUUCAUUGGAAGCCAUAGUUUAUGCCUGACUGUAGCUUACCAAGGUGUGCACUGUUAAUACUGUAGAGCAAAAGCAUUAAUCAAAGGGCGUUGUGAUAAAUCUCUACACUGAUUCUAAAUUUUAAAUACUUGAUUUACAUACCAAACACGUUUUCUGUUUCUUACCUUUUAGCUCAUCAGUCUGCUUUGGUGGUGCUUGACAACAGUGCAGAAAAAUGGCUGCUAACAAGGCAAAAAACCAGAGCUCUCUGGCCCUCCACAAAGUAA